GUACGUCGUCAUGAAAUACAUAAAUCGAAGAAUAGAGCAUUAGUACACUGGGAACUCCAAGAAAAAGCUUUGAAAAGAAAAUGGAAGAGGCAGAAACCAGAAAUUGCUAAUCUUGAGAGAAAAAGAUUGUCUAUCAUGAAGGAGAGAUCACUUGACCUUUCUCACUUGCAAGGAAGGUUGGGAAAUCUAGCUAUGUACUUAGCUAAAACUUUGGAGUUCUCAUGUUCGAGGGAAAAUAGAAAUAAAGGAUAUUGGUGGGUAAGUAGCAGUGUCUGACACCCACAGAUUGUUACCUGCUUUGACGCUAUAUAUUGAGUAUGUUUUUAAGUACAGUAUAUUUGUAGGAUAAAUUCUUAAAAGAGGAAUUGCUGAGUCAAAGGAUAUACACAUCUGCUGUUUCAGUGUUGCUAAAUUUGUAUGUCUCUGUUAAAGAAUGUAAUGGGACCAAAGGAAGAGGCCUCCCUAAGCAUGUGCACCUAGACUUUGUCAUUAUUUAUUAGAGCUACCAGGACGCAUCCCCGAGAAGCUGGGCUCCUAGGUUAACAAAAAUUUAGAGCAAAUCUCUUUGGCCAGCAUAAUCUUAGAUUGCAUUUGCUGCAUGAUGUACUCAUGUCGUGGGAAUCAAGCAAAUAAGGGUUCAGAUCCAAAUCAGACAGGGAGGCUUUGACAAAGAUUUUAUAAAUUCCAUAAUAUAAUAAUUUCUCAAGUCUUUGUAAUUUCCCAAUUCCAUCUGUUUUUUAUUACCAGAGAAAAAAGUGCUGGGAUGAGAAGUUUCCAAUAAUGUUUUUGAAGGGACCUUGACUGAUCCUUUGAAAAUCCAAGUGAUGUGUAACCCGCCAUUCAUAAGUUCGGCUCUGUUCUCUGCAGACCAUCAGGGGAAGUAAUAUAUACAGAAGGGCUUGCAGAGAUUGGUUUGCCUAUCAAGAGGAUGAGUUUUAUUAGAGAAAAGUGAUACAGAAAUGUGGAAAGAAUAAAAGAGAGUCAAUACACUGAUUUCUUGCCACUCAAAUCAUCUGCCCUAAGGAGACUGGGCAGGCAGGAGCAGAGGACAGACAGCAGGGCAGUGGCUUUACUGGAGGCCUUAUUAUAGUUAAUACCAGAUAUUGAUAUGAUAGAGUUAUUCCUCUACAGCUUGCUCUGUCACUCAUACCAAGGUCAAUGCUUUUAAAAAAAAAUACUAAGCUCUUAAAACUGCUAUUAGGAAAUAUUUUGUGUCUAAUUUUUCUAGUAGAGGUGAUAAUCAUAAUGCUCCAUUUAUUCUUUCCUAAGCUCUAAUUGCAUAUACUUGCAAAAUGGCUAACCAAGGAUAGAAAUUUGUUCAUGGGAUAAUAUAAUUUAAGUUGUAACAGUGUUCUCAAAUAUCUCUAGAGUGGUAUACAGGUUUUCAGUGUGUCAUCCUUAUAACAACCCCGUGGGGUUGGAGAGGUGGUCAGAUCUUCAUUUACACAUCAGGAAGCUAAGUGAAAGAGGUUGAAUUUUGCUUAGUAUCUCUUGACUGAGCCCAAGAUCCCAGUCUUUUGGCUCCAAAUGUGCUUUUUGCUUUAUGCCAUUACAAAUUUUACUCCUUGUGAAAGGCAUGAGUUCAGGACUUAAUUCUCACCAACAGAGCCAGCCAACCUGCUGGGCUGUAGUGGGGGAAGAAGGAGAAAAAGUCAGAACGCGAUUCUUGUUACUUUUCUCAAUGUCCUAAAACAGUAAUUGAGGUCAUAGUAUGUACUUGUUUUCCAUGGUCUAGAGAAAUCCUGGUAAGAGGAUUUGUUACCAGGUGUUUCAUUGUUUUUGAGUCAGUGAAAUUCCUUUCAACUUUAGAAUGCCAUCUGGUGGUGGUGGUUAGAGGUGACUUGCUUUUACUCUAGCAUGUUCCUCUUUGCUUGUCAUUAUGAAAGUUCCUAAAUUGAAAGUGCAUUGAAAGUGCAUAAUCAGAGGCCCUACUGUAAUGGUAUUUUUUGAGUUCUUAUCUCUCCAGGAUUAAAAACCUCUGACCUGUUUGUAAAUACAGAAGCAUCACUUUUUUGUUUGAUGCCCCCAAACUCAUGUCUUAAAUCAUGUUUUUUAAGUUAUGGACCAUGACCCAUUAGUUGAUUAUGAAGUCAUUUCAGUGGUUGAAAUACCUCUGAGUUUAUAGCUCAAAGAUUCAUAUCUUUAAUCAGUGUUUUUCAAACUGUGGUACAGAACUUGAUAAUUGAUUGUGAAGUCAAGUUAAGUGGGUUGCAACCAUUAUUUAAAAACAGAGAACAGAAACUAAAAAGAAAAUAUCAGAGUGGUUCUCAAAGAGUAAGAUUAAGUAAAAUUUUAAUUUUGUUAUAUAAUUACAUUUGCAUUUACAUUUUUACAUUUGUGUGUGUACUGGGUUCACAUUUUAAUGAUGUGUUUCUUUGGAUUGUAGCCAAGCAUGACAUCCACUCAUUAUUGUAAUAUCCCCAUCUACUGGUACUUAAGAAUAUUGCCACUGAAAGAUUUUAGGAAGGUAGUUGGCCUAUGGUUAUUUUUGUUCUGUGCCUUUGUAUGAACUUUUCCAUCGUGAUUUGGUAAGUAUAUAUAUUUUUUGAAUAAUAGUUUUUGUCAUUAACACAUGUCUAGAUUCUUUUUGAUCAAUACCAGAUGCAGGAUGUAUUGGAAAAAUCUGAUCACUUGAUGGCUGCAGCAAAAGAUUUGUUUGUUGAUUUUCCUCGUAGGCGCACAGGGUUUCCAAAUGUAACAAUGGCUCCUGAUUCCUCUCAGGGUCCCAUUGUGGUAAAUCAAGACCCUGUCACCCAGGUCAUCCUUAGUGAAUCUGUGUUAGUGCCCCAGGCUCUUAAUGAAGUAGAUGAUGAUGAAGAAGGAGGAACUGUUAACAGCCAGUCAGAAGAAAGCGAGCAUGAGUUGGAUAGCUCUCUACAGUCUCAGUCAAACACGAAUGCAGACAGGUUUCUCUCUCAACUAAAGGAGGAUAGUCCUCAGUUAAUUAAUAAACUAUGGACUGAUACUCAGCGAAAAAGAGCAACACAGUCACCAGUAACAACCCCUCCAGGAACUCCGUCAUCCACCCUUUCACCAGGGGAACAAAAAGUAUUCUUCCUUUUAGUUGCUCUGAAUGCUACCAAUGCUGUCAAGAGAAUCCACACAAGACUUCAAUCUAAAGACUCCACUGAGACUGUAGACUCAAGCUAUGUUGUGGGACAAGUACUGAACUCAAGGAAGCAAAAGCAGCUGUUAAAUAAAGUGAAAAGAAAACCAGAUUUGUGUGCUUCACCCAAGCCAAAGAAAAACACAUUAUCAGCUAGCACUGCCUCCACAGAGUUACCAAGUAGCAAUAAUACCAGCCUGGAUGUCCUCAAAGGCAUGAUACAGGAAGUGGAACAUGAAAUGGAAGAAUAUGAACGGUUGACAGGACGUGAGGUCAAGGGACUGCAGAGCAGUCAAGGUCUCACAGGCUUUACUCUGUCACUAGUGAGCUCCCUCUGCCGUCUGGUUCGAUACCUGAAAGAGAGUGAGCUCCAACUGCGUAAAGAAGUAGAGACAAGGCGGCAGCUGGAACAAGUAUUAGGUGAACAUCGAGAGCUCAUCGAUGCUCUGACAGCUGAAAUUCUUCUUCUUAGACAGGAAAAUACUGCUACCCAGGCAAGACUACAGCAGUACGUGGUCACAACAGAUGAGCAACUUACAUCGCUCACACAUGCCGUUAAGAACUGUCCAGUGAUAAAUAGCCACAAAGAAAGUCAGGCAUCAGAAAGGGGAGCCACAAGUAGAAUUAUAGACAAUCCAGAGAGCUCCAUCGUAAAUGCUAAUGUCUCCAUGCCACCGAGGUUCAGAGGGGAAGAAGUGGUUGAAUUCCCACAGGAAGACUUGCCUGUGAAGUUCUCUCAGGUGCCAAACCCUCUAGGUGGUGUGAACCUGGCCAGCAAUUUCCCAGCACGUAUGUUUGAGCCAGCUCUGUUGCUGACACCACCAAGGCAGAAGAGCAACUCAGAAUUCUCUCCUAUGCAGGAAGUAUUGAGGAGGACUGUUCAAACUCAUCCUGCUCCACGAAUUCCUCCAGCUGUGGAAAUAAUUGAGAAGGAGCAAAAUUGGGAAAAGAAGACCUUACCCCCUGGCACAGACAUUCAGAAUUCAAGUGAAGAGAGCCAUCUCUUCCCUCAGAGGUGGAGGGUCUCUCACAUGAGAGAAGAUCUGGAGAAUAAAACCCAGGCUCCUUUUGUUAGCCUCUCACAACCCCUCUGUGGUUCCCAUCCAAACUCUGUGCAGGCGAGAAACCCUGUGUUUUCAGAAGAUCCCCCAGUACUUGGAGAUGGGCAACAGCUUGGAACGAAUGGGGCAAUACAAAGAAAGGACAUCAUGGCACGGAUUGCUGAGCUGACACUACAGAAUUCAACUAUCAAGGCACAUCUGAAUAAUAAUAUUGGGCCAGUGGGAGAGCAAGGGGAUGGACUUCGGGAGUUAAACAGACAGGAGACAAGUCAUGCAAGUGACAUGACUGCUACUUUUCCAGCAGCACAACCUCUAAUGCCAAGUAGCAUGGAGGAAUGGAUUGCAGAAUUGAAUCGGCAGAGUAUGGAGGCACGUGGAAAACUCUUGCAGUUAGUAGAGCAGCAGAAACUUACUGGUUUUCAUGCUUCCUCUCCACCAGCAUCCCCUACUCAGUCACCUCUUGGAGCAUGGACAGAAGGAGAGAAGAGGACAAUUGAGGUAUCUGUUCCAGGAGCAGAAGCUCCAGAAAGCUCAAAAUGCAGUACUGUCUCUCCUACCAGUGGGGUGAAUACAAGAAGAUCUUCAGGGGCUACUAGUAAUUCUUGUUCUCCAUUAAAUGCCACCUCAGGAAGUGGAGGAUCCCUAAGGGCAAAGGUUGAGAAACAGAACGAAGAAGGCUGGUUUGCUCUGUCUACCCACGUGGCAUAAGUGAAGUCAAGCUUUACAGAAUUUGUUUUUACUAAUACAUUCUUAAGCCUCUACUCCCCUUUCUCUGCUCAUGUUAUGCCCUUCUUCAGAGAAAACCUUCAAAGAUCUUGUGACUUAGAACUAAUAGAACAAAGAAAGAAACAAUUAUUUUAAUUUUUGACCUUUUCAAAUAGAUUUCUAACAACCAACCAAAACCUCCUCUGAAUAAUAUUUUAAUCAUAGGGAAAUUGAAGUUUUAUAUUCUAAUAGUUUGUAAGUAUUUUAAGGCUUUUUUGAGUAAUAUAUUUUUAUAUUUAUCAUACUCAUUCAGGUUUUCUUUUUUGUUUAGUGUAUCUUAAAUGUUGAUCUAUUUCACUUUUAUUUUUUCUGAAGAACUAAAUUGCUUUGCAUAUAACUUACAAUAAAAUGCCUCUGUGUGACUGGCUUUCAGAAAAAUUGAACACCCUCUUUUGUUUUUUUUUGAGAAAGUCAUUGUUGUCCAUCAGUUUUUUCAUCAAGUGGAAUGCACAUCUUUAAAAACUAAGCUUGGGAGUAUUUGUUUAUAUUUAUUUAAGCAGGUAAGAGUGGUUGUAUAUAUUAUAAAAUUCUUACAUAGCCUAAAGAUGUGAAAAUGUCAUCAGUAAUGCUAAUGUACAUCAAAUAAAUAAUGAUCACAGA